AGCAGGAAUCGCUCCUCGCAAUGCUGAAUAGAUCCACCAAUCAACCGAUUUCACAAGCCAGCGCGUAAGCGAGCCCCCUGAUCCGAAGAUAGCUACGCCACUCAAAGACUCGGACUACCCGCCGACAUGCUUCGAUGUUGCCUCAACUCUUAGAACUCAUGAUUUCUAUACUCACUUAACUCGACAAUAUGCCUACGUACCAACCAAUAGCUGCAAUGCAAGGCAAAAUCUGCUUGCUUACAGACUGAUCUCGCUGAUUUAUUACAGCCUUGGUAUAUUUUUCGCCCCCAACAAACAUAGCCGCCACGAAGCUUGUGUGGCUGUGUUUAAUCGGAAAUGGAAAUGCCAAUAGAAGGCUGCCCCCAUCCGUAAUCAAUACAUCUCACCAUGUUAUCCAUAUAUGAUUUUAGACACGUUCUUGCCAAUGCAGAGUAGAGACGUGAUAGAUGGAGCUAUGGAAAGUCUAAGAUGUCCAGGCAACCUCUGCGCCCGCUUCGCACCCCCGAUAUUUGACAAAAGCGAGAGGGGGGAUAUAGACAGCGUGCUGCACGAUUUCUGCGAGAACUGCUCUUUGCAAGCUGAACAGGAACCUCUUUGCAACUUCUGCAGUCAUAUUCGACUCCGUCAUCUUGCGAUAUGCCUGCGCCAAAGACUCACCGGCCUCUUGGUUCACCUCAAUUCACCCAAAAAUAGCAAUGCGAUAUCGAGGAUUAUGUCAAAUACGGGAUGUGCAUUAUGCAGUCUUUUGGCCAACGCCAUACACUCAUACUGUAUAAUGUCUCAAAAGCGUGAAGAGGAUGUGCGAGCAAACACAGCUGUGACUUUAUGGCUGGCACAGGAGUACGGGAGUUUUAGGCUUAUAUUGAACCUUGAUACGGUCGAUGGACACGAGGAAAUGGAGAUCGCUUGCCGCGAACCUUCAAAGGAGUGGGUUCCAUAUAUCAGACCAUAUGUUAGUUGGCCUAUCGUCCAACAAUGGAUCCAUCGGUGCACCGAUGAUCAUCACUGCGUGAGAUUGGAGCAUUCAACAGUGCCGCAAGGCUUUCGACUCAUUGAUGUGGACAAGCAGAGACUUGUUUCUGACUUUCUACCUGACUCCGAACUCGGCUAUGACAUCAAAUUUGUUGCCCUCAGUUAUGUAUGGGGAAAGCCAGAUACAUCAAGAAUUAACGCCUUGCUGCGUUCCAACAAGCAUGAGCUGACGGCCCCCGGCGGGCUGGGGAAGCUUAGCUUACCGAAGGCAAUUAAAGAUGCCAUCACCGUAUGUCGGCAACUAAAUCAGCGCUUCCUUUGGGUAGAUCGGCUCUGCAUUCAACAGGAUGAUAACGGGCCUGAAAAGCAGGCACAAAUCAACGCCAUGGGGAAAAUAUACUCAUCGGCUGAAUUUACCAUCAUACAUGCGAGCGGGAUUAACAUGGAUGAUCCGAUUGCAGGUGUCACAACUACCCGCGAGGUCUUCCAGUCCAGGACUGUUGUGUGUGGGGUUGAAUUGAUAUCAGGAUAUCCAGACAUCAAAGUGCCUUUGGAGGUGUCUAGAUGGAAUGAACGAGGUUGGACAUACCAGGAAGCAACCCUGUCUCGAAGAAAGCUCUUCUUUACUCCUUUCGAGCUUUGGUUUGAAUGUAGCGACAGUGACGCUCCGUACCAGCGAGAAGAUCAGUGUUCGAGACCAACGUUUGGCCGGCAUUUUAGCCACUUGAGUAAACAAGGCAUGAUAGAUCAUGGAAUUGAUGGCUUUAUUGAUGACACAGCUAAAUUCGACGACUUUGUCCGCCACCUAGAGUCAUACACAGCGAAGUCUCUCACCCACCAAUCUGAUAUCCUGGAUGCUUUCCUGGGCAUCCUCACGGAGCUCUAUGAAGGCGAUCUAAGCAUUUACGGACUCCCAGAAGCUGAUUUUGAUCAAGCCCUGCUUUGGUAUUGCAAGAUCAGGCGGAGGCCGACAGUCGUUGCCCUCGGCUUUCCUUCGUGGUCAUGGACGUCAGUAAUUGGGACAGUCACAAAUCCAAUCAUUUAUCUAGGCCUCAACGGGUUCCUAGGAACGCUUGUUCAAUGGUAUUACCAGGAUCGAAAUGGAGAGCUGAAAAGGGUCAAAUCUAAAAACAGUCUUCAUCCUGGGUUAAAUUUGGACUCCAGAGCCCAGACCCUUCUUCUUGUUGCGUGGUUGAAAGGAUGUGUUGAGCCUACAGUUCCGGAAGACGUGAAGCAGGAACUCGAGAAAUGUUCUACUUCCUGUGAAUCUAGCGAUUGGACCAACCUUCGCUUGACUGAGAGAAUCUGGGCACAUACAGAGAGGCCCGAAGGCUGUGCCACGUGCCAAUCGCAGAUCGCACAGCGUUGGCCCUGUCUUGAGGCUAUCUGGAAGGACAUAGAAAGAACUCGGUGCUCUGCAUUUGAGGAUACACAGUAUUUCACGACUGGCUCCCAAGAGGAGGACCGACAGUUAAUUGCGCAGCUACAUCCCGGGAUUUUGUUGACUCGUGCACAAACCACAUGUUUAAAAGCGUCUAUUACACAAGGCUCUAAGAUUGGCAAGAUGUACCUCACUGAUUCAGGGGGUCGAAGAAUAGGGGAGGUUCAGCCCGAAUCAGAACUCGCGGGUAAUACCAAGUCAGAAGAAGCAUUACACGCGGCUUCUUUUGAGUGUAUGGGUAUAUCGUUGUUUUCAUCUUUUUCUGUCGACAAGGAGAGAACGCAGCCGGCGGUAAAUGUGUUGUUUAUUCACCGUGAGGAGGGAUCUCUGUUUUGGCGACGCAUUGCUGUCGGCUGGCUUUACCUAGUAGACUGGAUCAAGGCGGACCCUGUAUUCAAGACGAUCGGUCUCGAGUGAUAGCAAGGAAAUGCUUGCUGUAUGUGGCUGAUAGAGGCGAGUCUUGGAAUCGUCCUAGAAACAUCCUUUGGCGGCAGACUCAUCGCAGUCGACCUGGCCCGGGUGUAUAUGCUCACUGGGCAGGCUAAGAGAAGUAAGAGAAAGGUAGGACUACAUAGGAUAGCUUUCUCGUCAAACCCUUUCUGAGAAUGAACUGAGGAGCCGGGUAAGGGGAUGAAUUUUGAAUGUAUCCUAUUGAGGACUGCGAAAGCUAUGUGACCAUAUAACCAAUCAAAUUUAUAAUGUUUCGUACUUGAUAUCUAAUUAGUAGCGACAGCAAGCGUGUAUCACUACCUGGGCUGUGCGUAAGUAGAUUCCAAGCAAGUUUUGUUUACUCGAAAGUUAGCAAUCUAGAGGCAGCGUAGAAUGUAGGAUCGAGAUAAAACUGGCUCAUCAAGGCCAGUGUCAGACAGGUUGGUCCCAGAGUGAGUAGAAGGUCAGUCACAGUCAAGUAGGUAGGUAGAAGGGAUAAUAUAGGCGUCA